AUGUCUUCAAAUUCACAAGAUCUCACUCCUGAACUACAACAGCCGUCAGGCGAAUCCGUGUCUGAUGUCAAAGGGGAGGAAAUUAAUUUUUCCAUAGUCGAUGCAUUACCACCACAAGACGUGCCCGAUGUCAAAGAAGAGGAAAUUGACUUUUCUGUUUUAGGUGCUGCUAUACCUGUCAUGACAAUUUUCUUUGCCGACUUUAUAAAUGCUUUUUAUGUCUUUGCAUUUCAACAUAAUACUUGCUUCCCAACAUGUAGAGAUGCUGCAGUACAACAAUUAGAUAAUAGUGUUAGGGAUGAUGCUUUUCACCUUAUUGAAUUGGGUGUAGUGGUUUUUAUUGCUGGAUACUUGCAAAUGUGUUUAUGGAUGAUAGCUGGUGAACGUCAGGCAAAUAGACUUAGAACAUUAUAUUAUUCUGCAAUUCUUCGUCAAGAUAUCACAUUCUUUGACACAGUAUCAACGGGUGACGUCACCACACGUAUAUCUGGGGAUAUUUCUCUUUUUCAAGAAGGUAUAUCUGAAAAAGUUGGUCAGGUUUUACAAUAUGCUGCUACGCUCCUUGGUGGGUUUAUUAUUGGUUUUAUAAAAGGUUGGAAAUUAACUCUUGUUCUUUCUGCUGUGUUUCCUCUAAUGGCUAUUGCUGGUGGAUUUAUGGCAAGAGCUCUUAGCAGAGGCACAUCUGUAGGACAAGAUGCUUAUGCUGCUGCUGGAAGUGUAGCUGAACAAGUACUUUCUGGUAUAAGAACUGUAGCUGCUUUUGGUGGUCAAAAACAUGAAGUUGAACGUUAUACUGCUCAAUUAGAGCGUGCCUAUAUUUUGGGAAGGAGAAAAGCUUUUGUUAGUGGUACUGGUCUUGGUUCUCUUGUGUUUAUUAUGUUUGGCUGUUAUGGUUUGGCUUUUUGGUACGGUAGUAUUUUAAUUGUAAAUCAUGAAAUGACCGGUGCUGAAAUUUUAAAUGUUUUCUAUGCUGUUUUUGUUGGUGAAGAUAUGGAAAAAAAAUUAUUACAAAAAAUACCAUUGGCAAGAGUCUUUAGAUUAUGUCAACCUGAAUAUGGAUUGAUGUUCAUUGGUUGUAUUGGUGCUGCAGUGAGUGGUUGUAUUAUGCCAUUAUUCAGUUUGUUGUUUUCUUCUAUCCUUGAUGCUUUCUCACGGACUGAUCAACUUGAUGAACUUCAACGAGCUGCCAAUUUUUCGUCUAUGUGUUUUGCAAUAUUGGCUGUUGUUGCUUUCUUCGCAAACUUUUCCCAAUUAUCAAUGUUCACGUUAGCUGGUGAACGUCUUACAAAACGCCUUAGAAAAUUAACUUUUGAAGCUUUAUUAAGACAAGAAAUUGCAUAUUUUGAUGAUGAAAAAAAUGGAACUGGUGUAUUAACUUCAAAAUUGGCUGUAGACGCAACAAAAGUUGAAGGGUUGAGCGGUGGUUUGAUGGGAACUGUAAUACAAAAUCUUUGCAAUCUAGCAGUUGGAUUUGGGCUAGCUUUUGGUUUCGGUUGGAAAUUGACAUUAGUCAUUCUUGCUGCUUCACCUGCUCUUGUAAUAGCUGGCUUUUUAGAAACGAGAGCGAUGACACGUGCAGCAUAUGAAGAAACUGGCCAAAUAGUUCAACAAAGUGUUUCUAACAUGAGGACAAUUGCGUCAUUAACUAGAGAAGAAACCUUCAAAACUACAUAUCAAAAUGCUCUAAGAGAACCACACAGAAUCGCAAUUAAGGGAAGUUUACUAUCAUCAUUUGGAUUUGGUACAUCUCAAGGAAUUUUGUACUUUAUUUGGGCAUUAUCAUUUUGGUAUGGUUCAAAAUUGGUCAAAUCAGAUGAAUAUGAAUUACAACAAAUGCUUCGAGUUAUGUUUGCUGUUUUGUUUACAGCUGUUUCUCUUGGACAAAUGGCGUUUUAUGAUGUAAAUUCUGGAGAAAUUGAAGUUGAGGGUGUUAAUGUUAAGCAAUGGAAUUUAGAGUAUUUAAGAGCAAAUAUGGCAUUAGUUGGACAAGAACCUGUGUUAUUUGAUUUAACAAUUGAACAGAAUAUUGCAUAUGGAAAAGAAG